CUCACCGCCCAUUAUUUAAUUCGCGAUGUUCAGUGGGGUUUGGAUAUUAAGAGAAUUGAUAUCGUCGACGAGUAAAGUUAUUAACACGCUCAAAUUACCCUGUGCAACUGUCAGUCAAGUUCAAACUUGACAACAACAAAGCGUGCAUGGCAAUCUCCAAGAAAAAGAGUGGGAAACCUAAAAGCCUCUCCCACGGCCGACCACCCACCGUCAAACCACCCCCAUCCCUCUCCAGCAAAGCCACCCGAACCCUCAUCCGCGCCCACCACACCCUCGAAAAGCAAAAGGCCAUAGCCCAAAAAGCCGGCGAUGCCAUCAAAGUCGCGGAUCUAGAAAGACAGAUUGCGAAACAGGGAGGGAUUGAGAAGUACCAGACGGCGAGCUUGAUUGGCCAGGGAAAUGAGCGCGGGGGUGAUAGCAGCAAGAUUUUGAUGGAUUGGUUGAAGCCGAUAAUACCAUCACUUAAAGCGAGGACCGGAGAGCAGAAACUGCGACUUCUUGAGGUGGGCGCGUUGAGUACCACCAAUGCCUGCUCGAGGAGCGGACUCUUCGAUACCGAGCGCAUCGAUUUGAACAGCCAGGCACAAGGCAUUACGCAGCAAGACUUUAUGGAAAGGCCGCUGCCUAAGCUAUCGAACGAGAAAUUCGAAAUCAUCAGCCUGAGCUUGGUGCUCAACUAUGUGCCGGACGCAGUUUCCAGGGGCGAAAUGCUGAAGCGGACGUUGCAAUUCCUCCGCAGCCCACUUGGGGAGAGCGAAGAAGAGUUGCAGACCGUGUUCCCUGCGCUAUUUCUGGUCUUACCAGCACCGUGUGUGUCGAAUUCUCGAUACAUGGAUGAGCCGAAGCUGGAGGCUAUAUUGACGAGCCUGGGCUAUGCCAAGGUGCACAAGAAGCUGUCGAAUAAGUUGGUGUAUUAUCUGUGGCGGGGUGUGGAUCUGACGCCGAAGGCUAAGCGGGAGCAGUUCAAGAAGGUGGAGGUGAGGGCUGGAGGGACGAGGAAUAAUUUUGCAAUUAUUUUGAAGUGAUGAUGGGUGGCAGAAGAGGGGGGAUUAGAUACUAUCGCACAGCUGAUCAAGUGCUGAGAGGUUGCUGCUAGUGUAAACGAAACAGAUUUCUCAAAUGGGCUUUGUAAACCG